AUGAUCCUAAGCGCUCUGUCCGAUAUCCAUCUCACAAUCUUCAUGAAACCCAUCCCAUUAACCCCAUUAUUUGCCGGAUACACAGUUGGCAUCAUGCCAAAAAACCUAGACAUUUCUGCUCACCACUGUGCAAUCCUCACCGGAUUCAUAGCAGUUAGCCAACUCGAGACCUUGAUUCUAUGCUUCGCGAGAAUGCACCAAGUUAUUGCACUUGUACUAAACACCCAUGUGGUUCCUAAAUUUCUACAGUACUCUUGCUACGCAUUAUGUGUCUUGUGUCCAAUUGCAUUGUGCGGAUGUAUUGAACAUUUUCAUAUCACCCAGGACCAACAAUGGGAUUAUAUAUCUGAAACUUAUCCAGAAUUGAUACCAGAGUUUCAAAAAUUGACACAUUUUGUGUUGUAUAUCAAAUCUUGUAAAUUAAAUCAUUUACUGAUUGCCAUGAUUUUAAUGUUAUCUGAAAUGUUUAUUGCCUGGUUUGUGAGUCAUUCGUCAAUCAACAUGAUCGGUCUGAUCAUUUUCUUUCCACCAUAUCAGAUAUUUUUCUUACGAGUUUUCAAGCGAAAAAAUUCAAAGCACACAACUCCAGUGGCAGUGGUUCCUGUGGUUGCGGCGGUUUCUUCAGGAUUUUGA